AUGCCGACGCUUCAUAUCGAGCCAACCUCGCAAGACCACCUCCAGGACAUUGCCAAUGCCAUUCUAAAGGCGCGAAAAGUGGUUGUGGUCACUGGAGCCGGCAUCAGCACCAACUCAGGCAUCCCGGACUUUCGCUCAAAGAACGGGCUAUACUCGCUAAUUCAAGCGCAGUACGAUGCAGCAGCUCGCUUGGAGUCACAGCAAAGCUCACAAUCGACGGACGCCGAGGAAGAAUCGCCCAUCGAGCUGCAACAGGUCGUGGACGCGCAGCUACGCCGAGAACAAAAUGGCAACGAGGCAGCAGCAGAGCAGUCAGACGACAAGGACUCCCAACAGGCCUCGAAACGACGCAGAAUCACGCGAUCGACCAAGGUUGAAGUCUUCUCACAGGCAACACCAAAACGCGUCGCGAACCCGGCCCCGACCUCACCCCUGUCCUCCCCUCCCAGUCACUUUUGGCAUCCGUCCUCACCGCUGUCGUCCCCUCCUGCGGCAUUUUUCGAUUCUCACGCCCUGCGAUCGAGCAGUCUGUCUGACCGCGACUCUGUCAUGAGCUUGCGGUCCGAAAGCUCAUCGGAAUCAGAUGCCGACGUCGACGAUAACGAGCAGACGGAGUUUUCUUUCAGGCGCCACAACAAGCUUCCCCUAAUCAAGGGCAAGGAUCUUUUCGAUGCUCAAAUCUGGGCUGACCCUAAGAAAACAUCGGUCUUUUACACGUUUGCAACUUCACUCCGCCAAAAGGUCCGGGACUGUCAGCCUACCGCGUCACAUCACUUUAUACGGCACCUCAAAGACCGUGGGAAGCUUGUCAGAUGCUACACGCAGAACAUUGACAGGAUCGAGGAGAAGGUGGGCUUGUCGACGUCUCUAUCCGAGGGCCCAGGCGAUAAGGGGCGUUUCUCGCGUCGCUCUACAGCCAACGCUAGCCAGUUGAGCAAAAUGGUCAGAGAGGCGGCACAUGGCAGCCAGCAACCACCAGCAGCCCCACCGGCGGCGGGCGUGGAGUGCGUGUACUUGCACGGAUCGUUGGAAACUCUAGCCUGCUUUCGUUGCAAGCUCGAGUCUUCCUGGGACGGCCUAGAGACGGUAACUAUAUCCGGCCAGCAGCCUAAAUGUCCACAUUGCAUCGGCGAGACAACGGCGCGAGAAGAGAAAGGCAAGCGGGCUCUAGGCGUUGGUCUGCUGAGGCCGAAUAUCAUUCUCUACGGCGAGGAGCACCCACGCGGAGACCUGAUCGGUCCUAUUAUCGAAAAGGACGUUGCUUUGAGCCCGGAUGUUAUGCUUAUUAUGGGCACAAGUCUACGGGUGCACGGACUGAAGUUCAUUGUCCGCGAGUUUGCUAAAGCUAUCCACAACAACCGUAAAGGCAAAGUUAUAUUCAUUAACCUCACGAAGCCGCCGGAGAGCACAUGGGGUGAUAUUCUGGACUACUGGAUACAGUGGGAUUGUGACGCGUGGGUCACCGAUCUACAAGCUCGCGUGCCUGCACUGUGGCAAGAGGCGAGCGAGAUGGAGAAGAAACCAACAAAACCGGUCCCGACAUAUCCUGUGGCCUUGCGAGACCAUAAGCAAAACGGGGCCUAUUGGACUUGCAAGAUCAUGGACGAGCUUCAUCAGAUUACUGGGAACCCAGCGCUAGCAAGAAAGCCGAAGACAUCACGAUUGCGCAUCACCCAGUCUGACGCUUCAACCAGCUCACAGUUCCGAGCGUCCGUUGUAGCGACUAGCUCACAGGCCUCGCAACCCUCGGAGACGUUUAUGAAGAAGCGCCGGAACACGACUACAGGCACUGCAAACGAGCUCCGAAUAGUCGACCCAACGGAAGCAAAAGUGCCCGCAAAGCCCCGAAGCAAGCGCUCACGAAAGUCGGCGCCAGCAGGGGCGCCCAACGAGGCCAUCACUUCAGAUUCCCAACCGCAGACGCAUCCAGCUCCCGGAGCGCAACCUGGGCCGAUUGGUCCAAGGCCUGCCUAUCUUCACGGACCUAUUCUACCGAUGAACGGAUGCGCGCUGCCGCCUCCUUUCUUGCUCCAUCCUAGGCCUGACCCCAUGCCUGGGCCCCAAUCUCCCUAUGCGAGGCCCGGUCGCACUGGGAACAGAGCCUCUCUCAGCGCGAUCCCCUGUGCGAUCAAGGAGAACCCCCGGCGUCGCACACCAAAGAAGUUUUUCGACGAGGUCAUGGCAAGGCCAUCCACCAAGUCGCGGUCAGUGCUCGGCGACAUUGUCGACAAUGACCAACGACGGUCUACAAUCUCCUUGCCUGCUUUUCGCCCUGAGCCAAAUGGCAAGCCACCGGCGCUGUGGUUACACACUGAUGAGCGGCAGCAGGUAACACACCUCUCCGACCGCAUGAAGUUGUCUUGUUCAAGCAUCACGCCUCAGGGACCGCGAACUAAACCGUUGCAACGACCAGAUGCCGACACGGGACCAUCAGCGCGCCACACUACGCCAGAGCACGACGCUAUGCGGACUCUGCUGAGCAUGGGCCUUCCAGAUUCAUUGUCCUUCAUGGGCAGUCCCGAAUUGCGAUAG